CUCAAAUUCCCAGAUUCAGACUAAUUAGCCAAACCUGUAUACCUCAAGCCUUCGUUCCCCUCCAGCCAUCACCAAAUACAAGUCAUCUCUGGUUUAACCCUCAAAAGGAAGCCUGGUCGUCCUCGUGGAACCUCACUGUGUCAGUCCAGUCCCACUAGCUUUAUCCUCGGUUUAACUGAACCCCGGUCAAGCUUCGCUUCGUUUCCGUGCACUUCGCUUCGGUUAUCGUAGCCAAAAAAUCUGAAAAAUCCCACAUCGUCAGGUGUGAGUUGAGCCUCACCGGUGCUUCAAUAGAGUGUCGCUGAGACUUACGCUGCCUGUAAGAUAUACGAAUACCUACUAUCUACUGUCUAUAUUAUCCCUAGUUACCUUAUCUUAGUCUUUCUUUGCUACCGUUUGCUAUCUGAAAAAUUGAAAGAUUGAAACUGAAAUUCCGGAAAUUUUUCAUACCUCAUCGCCGAUAUGUCUUCUAUAUCCACCGAUUCGUUGCCGUACUUCGAUCCGGCUGUCGAUAGGAGAGUGGCUCUCAUCACCGGAGGCAAUUCCGGAAUCGGCUACUACACGGUGCUCCAGCUUUAUCUCCAUGGCUAUGUAGUGUACAUCGCCGGUAGAUCUCGCUCGAGAGUGUUGAAGUCCAUCAAGGAAUUGAAGGAAAAAGCCAACACCAUUACAAAAGAUUACGAAAUCCAAAACGCAAAUACGAAUUUGACUUCUCCAAAGCGUUGUCUCGGUGAAUUGGUCUAUUUGGAAAUCGAUCUUUCCAGCUUAUCAUCUGUUAUUGCUGCCGUCGAUACCUUCUCCAACAUGGAACUGAAGUUGAAUCUUCUCAUAAACAACGCUGGAGCCAUGGCUGUUCCAUAUGCUCUAACCAGAGACAAUUUUGAGAUUCAGCUCCAAACCAACUUCGUGUCGCCGUUUCUUCUCACUACUAAGUUGCUACCUUUACUAGAGAGAACCGCGGACUUGUACCCCAGCACAGAACCUCCUCGCGUAGUUUAUCUAAGUAGCAUUGGCCACAAGUUUGCUAUUCGUUUCUUCUCGUUAAACACUUCCUUCAACUACAGGCCGAACCUAUUGUUCACCUGGCUUCGUUACGGAAUGGCCAAAACAGCAGGCAUCCACUUUAUGAAGAUGCUAGCUUUGCGUAAUCCUAAGAUCCUCUGUAUGCUGGUGCAUCCGGGCUUUGUGAUGAAUACAAACUUGUUCACUUACUGGACCCGUUUGCCCAUCAUCGGGAUCCUCUUCUGGUGCUUCUUCCAGAUUUUUGGCUACUUUCUCGGCGUAUCCAACGAUGAAGGAUCGGAUGCGAUCAUUAAAUGCUGUCUCGAACCAAAACUCUCCUUGGAAAAUGAUAAUGGGAAGUACUUUGUUACUGGAGGCAUCGAGGCAGAGCCUUCCAAGGUUGCCAGCAACAUGGACUACGCAGCAAGAACAUGGAUAUGGACCGUUCAUGAACUCAGCGAGAGGGGAAUCACAAUUCCAAACUAA